UAAAAUGAAAGGAAUCGCGAAAUCCCCAGCGCUUAGCCGGUCUCGUUCCGAUAGACAACAUGUCUGGCUGAGUAUUCUGUUAAUAAUUACAUGUGUCUGUCUAAUAACAACCAUACUCAUUAUUUCAUUUUUCGUCUAUCGAGAGAUCGAAAGAAAAGCUGAAAAAUCAGUUGGAGACAAAGGUUCCCAUGCUGAAUUCAAAAGUGAAUCAGCGGCACGAUCGACAGCUGAUUUUACCGAGCUAACUCUCACAGCUUUUACCAGCACAGAAACUCCUCCACGUAGUACUGCAUGGAUAAUUGAAAAAUCGCUGUCCCCAAGGAAGGCUCCCGAGCGUCAUGAUGAACGCAAACUGAUGAAACUAAAUGCGGGAAUACUGUUACCAAAAAGCACGUCGCCUAUCGGUUCCAGCUCAGGUUCGGACAAAUUUGUAUCCUCAACUACUAAAAAAGACUCUGAAUGGGGAGACUUGCUUUUCUCGGAUGAAUUCUAUAAGCUUGGUAAAGGUGUUGAAAAUAAUACUGAGGAAGUCCCAGUGGCAGAACGGACAUCAACAUCUACUUUUAAAACCAGUACAAUUUCAACAACCGCAGAGUCCAUGUAUUCCACUAAUUUCAAUACUAGUUUUGAAUCUGAAGCAGAUAGCGAUGUUACUGCAAAGGAUGAAUCUGAAAUAAUUACUCUAAAACCAACCUAUUCAUUUGCUAAGAAACCAUACAAACAUAUGUAUCGGAAAGGUGACCCCUCAUACGGUAAAAGGGAUUGGCGUACAACACCUAUAGAAUCCCCAUUUUCACACAAAUCUUUAGAUAUUCCGCCAGCUAAAACUAAUGAAUCCCGUUUCGAGAAAUAUGUUGCCCUGGGCGAAACAAUCGGAUAUACAAUUACUUCGACAAAGGAACCGCAAGUUUACUAUGAGCCCACAAAAGGGACUCCGGUUACCAGAGAUAGAUACAUAUUAGAAUCAAAACCUACGAAAAUAGAAGCCAAAACCUACUUUGUGCGAAGUGAAAACCCAACGAAAACUAUUAUAAAAUAUAUUGAAAAGGAUCCACCGCCUCCGAUAAAAGUUUGUGAAACGAUUAAAUGUAAACUUUCGGCGAGCAAGAUGAUCGCCUUAAUGGAUCACAGUUUAGAUCCCUGCGAAGACUUCUACAGUUAUGCUUGCAGAGGCAUUGAAAUAAACAGAAUGAGAAAUCCACAAUAUGAAUAUGUUAUCAUCGAAAAAUUAGAAGAUAUAAAGCCAAUUGAUGAGAAUGCUGUGAAAUUUGAACGAUUUCUUCGAAGCUGUGAAAGUUUCAACUCCACCCAAGGUCUAGUAGUUUUAAAAGAUUUGGUGAGGGAAAUAUUUUAUAUAGCUGAAGGAGCCGACAAGAGAGAUAGUUUAACCCAGAUUAUAACCAAAAUUAUAUUAAUAGACCGGGCUAAAUCGAUGUUUGGUCUUAUGCCUAUAUUCGAUCUGACAAUGGAAGCAGAUUCGGACGGAUUGUUCAUUCCUACACUAACUGUUCCAUCGGUGGAUGAUGAAGCAAUUGAUGGGGACUGUGCUAGGAAUUUAUCUAAUGUGGAAGCUGCUGAGAACAAAAUUCAGGAAAUUGUGAAAAGAUAUGAAGUUUGUGUGAAGGAUGCACCCAAUAGAUCCUAUUUGUUUGAUGCGCUACGCAGUUUAUCCGGUGACCUACCGGUUCCCGCUGAUGCUGAUGAUAUAUCUAAAAUACUAAAACUGGUUCCUGCAAGUAUCAACAAACGGAAUUGGAAUGAACACACUCUAAAUAUGAGUGAUAAGCCCGUCUAUAUGACAAUGAAGAAUUUACAUGAGAAAUAUCCAGAGAUUAAUUGGGCAAUUUUGUUGUAUACAGCAUUCAAAGGGAAGGACGUUUCCAAAGUUCGAAUUAUGUUCAAGGAUCGUUUAGAAAAACUUUUUGAAUUUUAUCAAAAAGCUUCAUUGAAAGACCUCAAUAUUAUUUUACGAAUGAUGUUUAUUUAUAAUUUUUACACUGAAUAUUUCAUUGAAUUUGAUACACUUCGUGUGAAAGAGUUUUGCCAUAGAAAAGCACAAUACCUUAUGGAGGAUUUAGUUAGCAAACUCUUGGUGUCGAAAACAAGUCCGAAAGAUUUGGACCUUUUAGCAGAAACAGCGAAAUAUAUAUUCAAUGACUUGAGAGCUCAGCUUAAACUGUCUAUUGGAAAUACCAGCUGGCUCAAUGACUUACAGAAGAACACGAUCCUCACCAAAUUGGAUAAAUUGCAAAUCAAUGCUGGAGUAAAUAACCCUUGGUUUAACGAUGAUCUUCUCAAGUACAGGAAUGCAAAACUUUCUAUAACGGACAAUUUCGUCGAAAAUAUUAUUACUGUAAAGCGCAACAAGAGAAGGUUAAUUUAUGACAAAGUUAAUAAUAAUUCUGCUAAUAAGUGGAUCUAUAAAUAUAAUUCCUUGUCGACAUCACCGUGGAUAAUUUCUGAAGCAAAUCAAAUAGUUUUGCCACCAGGAUUGUUGACAAAGUUGGCCUACAAAAAGCGACGAACCCCUCAGCUCUAUGAAAUAUACGCUCAGCUUGGAUUCCAAAUUGCUAGUAGUAUUGCAAAAUUCUUCGAGCCAAACCAAUUACAAAGGCUCAUAUACCGAAUAGAGGAGAAUGAGGUGUACAAAAAUUAUUUACAUAUUCGGCUUGGGGAUCCUCAGAUCGCGAAGUCUAUUAAUAAGUAUAAUAUCGCGGCGACAAAAGAGGAUUUAGCACUGAGUAAAAGUUCACGUUUUGUGGACGAUCUAGCUGUGCGGUUAUCAUUGGACGCGUAUAAAAAAGCUGCUCCACCGAAGGAUCUACAGCUUUUAUGGUUGAAUUACACAAUUCCCCAGCUUUUUUAUUUAGCAUUGGCACAAGACUUCUGUAAACCGGAAGAUAAGAUGAUCGACUUAGCAUUAUCUUUAUAUGAAGAUUCGGUACUACCGAACUACUUUAGAGUUAAUUCAUUGUUGAUGAAUUCAUUGGGAUUUUCUGAUGCGUACCAUUGCCCUUUGGGAUCGGCAAUGAAUCCACCAUUGAAAGCAGAUGCAUUUCCAUACAUAACAUAUACAGAAAUUGAUUAUUUAUAAGUGUAUUGAAUUUUUUUGGUAUAAAAAUAUAUAAUUUUCAUUCCAAAUGGAUAAGGGUUUUGCAAUUCAUUAAAAACAGAACUGCGGACUGAAUAUCUAUAAAAAUUAAGGAGAAAUAAUGUAGCGCCGUUAACUCGAUGGCAGCUUCUAAAUGGUUGAUUGCAAAUAGAUCAAUUUUUUCGAGACCAUAUGAUCUUACUUUGCAUUGAUGACUCCAGCAGUUU